UGCUCUGCACAAGUCUGCAGCUUCCCUUUCAGCGCACACACACGCACACACACAGUGUUCUUCCAUCCUCCGCCUGUACAGCGGCAGCCAGCAUGUCAAACUCGGACAGGGUAGCGUUAGCUCUCGGAGGAGCGGGCACGGUGGGCUCCGGGAUAGUUAAAGCACUGCUGGACAAAGGGUUCAAAGUCGCAGUGAUCUCCAGGGACAGCGACCGGCUGGAGAGGCUCCGAUCAUUCGUCUCUCCCAGCACAAAGGACCACCUCACCACGAUAGUGGGGAAUGUGGGGUCAGAGGAGGGAGCAGAGCAGGCGAAGCAGGCCCUGCUGAAGGCGGUGGGCAAGGUGACAGACAUCGUCUCCUCUCUGGGCUUCAGCUGGUGGCAGGGAGGCCCUCCACACACUCAGUCCCUCAAGGACCUAGACUGGGUAAUCGAGACCUUACUUUUCAGCACAUUUGUCUCCUGGAAGGCAUUCUUCCCGUUGGUGAGGGACGACUCCAACUGUACCUACUCCUUCAUAACAGGAGGAGCAGGGGAGAAGUUACUGAUGCCCGGUACCGGCUUCCUGACCGUCGGCGCUGCCAGCACCUUGGCCUUCUGCCAGGUGCUGCGUGAGGAGUACCCCGAGGUGCCUUGCAAACUCAACCAGGUGAAGAUCAACACCGGUGUGGCCACCUCGGAGCGCAUGGCUCCUGGCUACCUGAGCCACCUGGACCUGGGCGAGGCCGUUGCCACCCUCGUGGAAAGACGAAGCACAUCCCACUCCGUCUUCACCGUCAGCUGCCCUGCAGACUUAAAAACUGUCCUCCUGGAGGGGAACCUUUAGUCUCUCUCCAGCCCAACCGUCUACAGGUCUUCUGCUCCCACUCUGGCUCAACUCCCCUGAAACACACACUUAGUGUCUUCGGUUCAUUAGUUUCAGUGGAAACCCAUCCAUGCCCGACUUUAUGUCCAUUGUUUCAGCUAAAACUGUAAAUUCAGCUGCUCGUUCUCUGAUUGCUGUAAACUGUUUCCUCUGCACGUGUCGUUGUAAUUCGUCUGUAAAAAAAACGAAAAGUAUGCAGAUGAUUUGUAAUACUCACCUUCUCAUUGCUGCUUGCUGCUGUAGAAAUAUUAUCACACAGUUCUGUUCUGUCUUCUGUGUCAUACCCAAUGUAAUGCCGCCAUAUCUCUAUGGAUCUGCUAAAUACUGUGUGGUAGAAAACUCUUAAAGGAAUUCUUCAACAACAAAAUGAUCAUUUGUAUAUCAAUUACUCACCACACUCGGAAACCUUUUCUCUCAUGCUUCCACGGUGAA